AUGCCUACCGUUUUGAGCAAGUUCGCCGGUGGCGAGCUUAUCCCCCACGAUUCCCAAUCAGCUGCUUCGUCACAGGGACAGGACGCCGAGUCGGAAUUGUACACCCAGCUGCUCAGCUCUGAUAAUCCUGAGAUGAGCCAAGCUGAGAUUGAACUGCUUCAGACACACGAAGAUCAGCCCGAAUCUCAGCAAUGCAUCCAAAAGGCUCAGACUUUAUCCACAAAUCAGUACACCACACACGAAACCCGAGUGCCAGAGCUCCUCAACCCUGGAUCACUUGCCGUUGAUAUAGCGCUACCCGAGGUAAGCGGAUCUGCAGAUCAAGAUUUUGGCAAAGUCCAGUCCAAGUCAGAUGGUUGGAAUGACGAAAAGGCUGGGCUCACACUGGGAAAUGGCCAGUUGAGGCUGAAGAUUGAGAACUGGCAGACCCCUGGCCCGAAGUUCGCCGUGGAGAACUACCCAAAGGGUAACCCCAAGUGCGAACUUCAUGGAGAAAUUGCAAGCCCCAAAAUGGUACACGUUGACUUUAAGGUCCCUGCUGGCUACCCAGGUGGCAUGAUGGGGAUAAUGCAGUCGAUCGAAGCACUCUUUAUGUCUCCAAGGAAGAUUGCCAUGAGCAAUAUCGAGACUGGUUCUGCACCGGCUCUUCGAGAGUCGAAGAACCCGAAGAGAGAUAAUUAUUACAUCAACUGGACAACCCCAUGGGAGAUAUCCGGCUGUCGAGUAAGCUGGAUGAAGACGAAGGAAAAAUCGCCAACCUUGAAGUUCAAGUUUGUGAGCGCCCGGAAUGCAAAAGCCGAGGAACAGAUGUUGGUCACUGUUGAUGAGCGUGAGGAGUUCUAUCAGAACAUCUCCAAGAAUGACCCUAGCACUUACGGCAAAUGGAUGGCACUUCCGGUCCGGAUAUGGUUACGGAUUCAAUGGCUAAUAUCAGAGACCGGCGGCAGCGAAAGCAAUUUGUUUGGAAAAUUGCUUGUCGACAGAAAUACCCUUUCCUCUAUCAAGAAGGACAAAGGGAAGAAAGCAUCAAAAAAACCCCAAAAAAGUGCCCGGAAACCAUUCACAGCAGAAGAAGGAAGAUCUGAGGACGAAAAGCCAUAUGUGCCAGCCAUGCAAACUCCAGAGGAGUCUGUGUUGGGGCACGAACACACGAUGGAGACUGUGGGGAGUCAAGAGAUGCCUCAGGAAGAUUUCACAAAGCAAAAUUCAACCCAGAAAGUGUUGACUAAAAGGGUUUCUACACUCACGAUUGAUACUCAGAAGAGCAACAAAAGGUCAAAUAGCAAGGGUAAAGGGAAGGGUAAGCGCAUGCCUGGUUCGUCUGGCUCUGACAUAGGAAAGAAGAAUUCGGACCACAUUACAGACCAGAUUGAUAACCAGCGUGCUGACGACCGCUGCGGUGACUUACUUCCGGGUGUACUAGAUAUUGCUCGACAGCAUGUCCCGACUGAGCAGCAACUUGCAGCAGUUGCUGGCCAACAAACAGUCAAUGCCCCCCAGUCUCCUAUUUACCCCAAUGACUUGUCUACACCGAUUUCUCUAUCAUUCGAGACAGCCCGAACCCACUUCUCCCCCCACACUCCCCACCCCUCAUCCUCACUUUCAUCUUUUUUCACACCUAUGAGUAUUUCAUGGAAGAAAUGGGGCGAGGGGGGAGGGGAAGUGAAAGCGGAAGAAAUUGAGCUAGCAGAGACCUCGGAUGAGCUGUGCCUUGCUUCGCGGGGGGAUGAGGUUGGAAUGCGGUGCCCUGUCUCUGACAACGUGGACGAGGUGUGGUGUUCCGACCCCGAAGAGCUUCUUGGCGGCCACAAGGUGCAGGAGCCAAUCUUGCGUCGAUGGCUCUUCAGGAGUCAGGAAAACGCACAAUUGUCCCCAACGGCUGAUCCUCCAUCGUCCUCCUGUGCCUCUUCUGCCUCGUCCACCACAGACUCAGCUGAAUUUGGGAAAGAUGAUCCUAGUCCAGAUGGCGUCGCCCUGCGAGGUGAAAAAAGCCUAACUGAGUCUAGCCGAUCUGGCAAGAAGACCGCAUACAAAAAGAAGAAGCACGAGAGACGGCGGCGCAAGCACUUGACGAAGCGUCAUCAAGUACGCCAUGCGGAUGUUGAGAACCUCGUAUCUAGUGCUUCCUCUCAGGGCGAUGGAGUGGAAGGUCGUUCUCCGUCUCCACCUGAGUUGUUUGAGGAUGAUGAACCAACUCCCACAGCUAAGCAGUUCGGAAAAAUUGGGGCCCAAACCUCUGAGCUACAGAUGGACUUGCACAAGGUCGGUAUUGCUUGCCAGAAGAGAGACUGCAAAGUUCUCUGUGCUAUGGGGGAUGGAGUCUCCGUUAUUUGCCCUAAGUGUGGGCCGUUUUCCUUGGUCCGCUACUGCGGCAAGAGCCACCUGUGGGAGGAUGCCAAGAGGCACUGGGAGGUUUGCACGAUGCUUCCAGUCCUGGAACAGCACUUGGCCAGUCUGAUUCCGUACGACGAUCUCAUGGGUCCACCAAUGCUUCCUUGCCUUCACCUGUGGGACACCCCUCAGCGCCAUCGUCAGGCACUGUGGUUUAGUUCCGCCCGUGACCGAGGUGACUACUUUUUAUUCGAGGAAUUGGAUGACCCGGUGAAGGCUGAGGACGCUCCCAGUCACAUAGGGCUGCGAUGUUCACCUCGAAUCGCAAAUAUUGUGCGAUUCGAGGACGCCGAGGAGAAGGACCGGUUCCGCCGGUGCCUGGCAAUCUGUCUCUUCGCGGCGGUUGAACAUCCAGCCCUCGUGGACUAUCUUUAUCGGCUUGUUCGAGACUGGAUGCGGGCUCACAACAUGUGGGCCAGUGACAAGGACAUGGACAGCAUGCUGUGCCACCAGAUGAAACUCGAGAUGGGUUACACCAUCGAUGAGAGCCGUCUUGGUUUGCGGCAUGCUUGUGAGACGGAGUGGGUCGGUGCUGACCGACGCCACUGCGAGGAUCUGACCUGCGCGAGCGAGCGUCGCCCUACGUUGCUCGGUAACCACCGUAUGGGGCUGGGCUUCCGGAGAGUGUGUGAAGCACUUGAAUCCAACUAUUGGAUUCUGAGGGCGCACCGAGCCACUCAUCCUUCGGUGAGCGACGUGGUGGCUCGCACGUGCGGGGCAGGAUUCUCGGAGGUCCUCUCAAUGGACCGGCAGACAUUCUGUCGUGGCGUCGGUUGGGACGGGGCGGGAACGGGCCCCAUGGAGCUGGAGAUGCCGUGGUUAGGGUAG